AUGUAAUAUUAAAAUGAAUCAGAACAAUUGAAUAGAAAAUAAUAAUUAUUGAGAAAAGAAAUAUAUGAUAAAGGAUAUGAUUGUUAAGCUUUUUAAGAUUAUAUGGAAUAAAUAAAAGUAAACGGUAUUAUUUAUUUAUUUAUAAUUUAGGAGGAUAGGAUGUUAAUAUAUGGACUUAUCAUGAACUUUAGGAGGCAAUAAAUUUAUUUUAGACGACAAAUCAAUCAUAAAUGUAAAUUAUCGACCUAGAUAUUGUAUCUUACAGAUAAUCAGAAAUUGAUGACAAUAAUUAAUUGGAAAUUUAGAUUUAAGAGAAAUAAUAAUAGCAUUAAAUAAAAGAAGAGUAAUUGCAGCAGAAUUUAAACUAAUAAUUAUAAAUUUCAUAAAAUGAAUCACAUGAAGAAAUAGUGGUUAAACCAUUAAUAGAUAAUGAUCGAUUUUACUAAAAACUCUAUUAAUGCCAGUUAUAAGAUAAAAAAAUGUUGCUUAUGGCUAAAGAAUUAAAUGUGUAUAUUACUAAAUUUGAAAAAAUUCAAGGUGGUUUACUUUCAGCAUCUUAUUAUAAUUAUAUAGUUAAUACAGAAUGUAUUGGAUGGAAUGUAUAAAGAAGAUAUAAUGAUUUCAUUUGGCUAAAAGAAAUUUUAAGUAAAAUAUACCCAGGUCGAUAUGUAUUAUAAUUUUUUAAGUAGAUUCCUCCUUUACCUAAAAAAACUGUAUUGAAAAAUGAUUAAGAGCUUAACUUAUUAAAGAGAAUGAAAUUCUUAGAAGUAUCGAUCUAUAAUUAUUAUAGAAAUUUCUUUAAUAUUUGUUUCAAUAUGAAUUAAUAAGAUAUGAUAAAUGGUUCUAAGCUUUUUUAUCAAUAAAGGAAGAAAAAGAUUUUAAACAUAUAUAAAAAUUAAGUACUUAAAUAUCAAGAGUGACAAAAUUAGAAUAGAUUAUUUCUCUAGAUGGAUAUAUUUAAUUAUAAUUAAAUGAUAAUUUAACUACAUAUAAUAAUGAAUCGACUUUUUUAUUAAGCUCAAUAGAGAUUAAUUAUAAAAAAUUAAGAAAAGAUUCUAAAUAAUUAAUAUUAGAUUUUGAUCAAUUAUCAAAUACUAUUUAUAAUAUGGGGAAAACCUGUACUGAAUUGUAUUAAUUUUCAAAUAAGUUUAAUUAAUCAAUUUCUUAAGGAAAAUUUUCAAAAUUAGAUAUUCUUUAUAUAUCAAUGAAUAAUAUGUUAGUUUAAUGGGGAAAUAAUUUAACUGCUUAAAUUAAAAUUGUUUAAGAAGAACUUUGUUUUUUUUUUAAAUUUCAUCAUCAUUCAAUAAACUCCUUAAAAGAAGUAACUAAAAUUAUCAAAAAUAGUUUAUAAAAUAAAAAGAAAAUGCACAUUAAGAAUAUGAAAAAUUUAAAUCAAGAUUGGAGUUAAAAAAAAAUAAACUAUUCACGUAAUAAGACUUUAAUAGAUGGGAAAUACCAUCUAUAUAGAUCAAAGCCUUAUUGGAUAGUAAUUUAACUUAAAAUAGAGAAGUUUGUUAAGCAGUAAUGCUGCCAUAAGAAACUACUUUACAGGAAGAGUUAAAGAACAUUUUUGCUUUUUAUAAUUAUUAAUAAUUUUCAGAAAUAAGUAAUCAUCUUGAAAAUACAGUAUCAGAUUUCUCAGAAAAAUUUAUCAAGUUUUGCAAUUUAUAAAAAAAAAUAAUUGAUGAGGUAUUAUAUACACAUAUUAAUUUAGCAAAAACUAGUAUGGGAGAAGAGUAAAAUUAAUUUUAAUAAUUUACACAAGUAGUAAUAAAUUUUGUUAAAGAAAACUUGA